AACACACAGUAUUUUGUUAGCAACACAGAAAACGUGACCGACCGACGACGACAGCACCAGUUUUUAUUCUAAGCUCAACGCGUGUGCUCAACAAAAUCUGAAAUAAAAUACAAGCCAUAGUGUAAUGAAAAUAUAAUUCCAUAGCAAACAAAAUCGCUAAGUGCACGCAAUCGCAAACAUCACUCCUGGAUUACGGGCACGCGCAUUACAGAGAAAAUUUUCGACGAAAUUUUCCAAAAAAAUUAUUAAAGCGAUUUGUGACUUAAGUGCCAACAACGCAACCAGAAAACACAAUAUGAAAACGAGAAAGUGUUGAGACCCGCAACAAACUAAAAUGCCCAACUAGCCAUCAGCAAGUAAAUCAAAGUUUUUUUUCACAAAUUACAACAAAUCACUUUGAGCAACAAGCACAAAAAGGAAUAGCAACACCAUGUCCCCAUCCACGACCAUUCUGCGCGUGCUGUUGCUGGUGACGCUGUGUACGGCGGCUGCGCAUGCACAGUGCGCCUGGGAGUUUGUGCGCACCACCAUGGACAUCAAAUGCAAUCUGCGAGCACUGGACGCGGGUGCGCCGCUGGAUUUGCAAGUGGCUGAGACGGCCAACCGCCUGGAGGUGCAGUGCAGUGAGGAGCUUCUGCACGCCAGCGAGCUACCCGCGGGUGCCUUUGCGCGCCUUCAGAAGCUGUCGGAGCUGCGCAUGGACGCAUGCAAACUGCAAAAGGUGCCCGCGAAUGUCUUCGAGGGCCUCAUGUCACUCAAGCGCCUGACGUUGGAGACGCACAAUACAGUGUGGGGUCCGGGCAAGACGCUGGAGCUGCACUCGCAAUCAUUUCACGGCCUGCGCGAGCUCAACGAACUGCAUCUGGGCAACAAUAAUGUGCGCCAGCUGCCCGAGGGCGUGUGGUGCACAAUGCCUAGCUUGCAGGUCCUCAAUCUGACUGCCAAUCGCAUACGCUCCGCCGAGUACCUCGGCUUCUCCGAGAAGCUCUGCAGCGGCACAGCGCUGACCAACACAAACAGUGCGGCUACCGGAGGAGCAGAACUUCAAGUGCUCGACGUCUCCUACAAUGAGUUGCGUGCGUUACCAGAUGCCUGGGGUGCAUCGCGGCUGCGGCGUCUGCAGACGCUUAACCUCCAGCACAACAAUAUCACUGCCCUGGCACCCAAUUCGCUAGCGGGCCUGAGUUCGCUGCGCGUACUCAAUUUGUCCUACAACCACCUGGAGUCGCUGCCCACGGAUGCGUUCGCCGGCAACAAGGAGCUUCGUGAGCUGCAUCUACAGUGCAAUGAUCUGUACGAUCUGCCCAAGGGUCUGCUGCACCGUCUGGAGCAACUUCUGGUUCUGGACCUCAGUGGCAAUCAGCUGACCAGUCAUCAUGUUGAUAACAACACCUUUGCUGGACUAAUUCGCCUGAUUGUUCUAAAUCUGGCGAACAAUGCGCUUACCCGUAUCGGUGCUAAAACUUUCAAGGAGCUGUACUUUCUGCAAAUUCUGGACAUGCGCAACAACUCGAUCGGCCAUAUUGAGGAGGGUGCGUUCUUGCCACUCUACAAUCUGCAUACCCUGAACCUGGCCGAAAACCGAUUGCAUACACUGGAUAACAAAAUUUUCAACGGCCUCUUCGUGCUUACUAAGCUCACGUUGAACAACAACUUAAUCAGCAUUGUGGAACCGCAGUCGUUUCGGAACUGUUCCGACUUAAAGGAACUUGACCUGAGCUCAAAUCAGCUGACUGAGGUGCCUGACGCUGUGCAAGAUCUAAGCAUGCUGAAGACGUUAGAUUUGGGCGAAAACCAAAUCUCGGACUUCAAGAAUGGCACAUUUCGGAAUCUCAAUCAGCUAACGGGUCUGCGAUUAAUUGACAAUCGAAUUGGCAACAUUACGGUUGGCAUGUUUAAUGACCUUCCGCGCCUCAGCGUUCUGAAUUUGGCCAAAAACCGUAUUCAGAGUAUCGAGCGCGGUGCCUUCGAUAAGAACACAGAAAUCGAGGCCAUUCGUCUGGACAAGAACUUUUUAACUGAUAUCAAUGGCAUUUUUGCUACAUUGGCUUCGUUGCUCUGGCUAAAUCUAUCUGAGAAUCAUCUCGUGUGGUUCGAUUAUGCCUUCAUUCCAUCCAACCUCAAGUGGCUGGAUAUUCACGGCAACUAUAUCGAAGCCCUAGGCAACUACUACAAGCUGCAGGAGGAGAUUCGUGUGACCACUUUGGAUGCAAGUCACAAUCGCAUCACGGAAAUCGGUGCCAUGUCCGUUCCUAACUCCAUUGAGUUGCUGUUCAUAAACAAUAAUAUCAUCAGCCAGAUACAGGCUAAUAGCUUUGUGGAUAAGACUCGUCUGACUCGCGUCGAUUUGUAUGCUAACGUGCUAUCAAAAAUAUCGUUGAAUGCCCUGCGCGUGGCGCCGGUUACGACCGAUAAGCCCGUCCCCGAGUUCUAUCUCGGUGGCAAUCCCUUCGAAUGCGACUGCUCUAUGGAGUGGUUGCAGCGCAUUAAUAACAUGACGACGCGCCAGCACCCGCGAAUUGUCGACCUGGCCAACAUCGAGUGCUUAAUGCCGCAUAGCCGCAACGCCCCUCUGCGAUCCCUCACGAGCCUAACCACUGGAGAGUUUGUCUGCAAGUACGAGGCCCACUGCCCACCCACAUGCCACUGCUGUGAGUACGAGCACUGUGAAUGCGAGCUUAUCUGCCCUGACAACUGUACUUGCUUCCACGACAUCAAUUGGUCCACGAACAUCGUAGACUGCGGCAAGCAGAACCGGCUCAACCUGCCCGUACGUCUACCAAACGACGUUACUGAUCUCUACUUGGACGGCAACAACAUGCCUGUAAUCCAAACCGGAGCUUUUGUCGGCAAGCGCAAUCUUCGAGCUCUUUACUUAAACGCCUCCAAUGUGAUGACCCUUCAAAACGGAAGCUUAGCUGAGCUGAGUAUGCUUCGCACACUUCAUCUGGGAAACAACAAGCUGCAGACGCUCGAAGGGCAUGAGUUCCGCCAGCUGUCACUACUACGCGAGCUGUACCUUCAUAACAAUUUGCUCACGCACAUCUCCAAUAUCACAUUUGCGCCUCUGGUCUCACUUAAGGUGCUGCGCCUAGACAACAACCGCCUGAGCUUCAUGCCGAUGGCCACGCUCGCAAAUCUCCAGUACCGUAACAGCCUGCAAGGCCUAACCAUGGGUCGCAAUGCCUGGUCCUGUCGCUGCCAGUUUCUACAAGAAUUGGCCCAGUUCGUCUCGGAUAACGCAAUUGUGAUCAGAGAUGCGCAGGAUAUAUAUUGUGUGGAUGCGGGCGUCAAACGCGAACUGGAGCUACUAGCAAACGUGGCCGGUGGUAAUGGCAUCGACUGUUCCGAGUUGCUCGAUGCCAGCGCCAGCAACAUCUCGGCGCAUGACACAACUGCUGGCUACCGCUUGCCCUUGCUAGCUGCCGUGCUGGUGCUGAUUUUCCUGGUCGUCGUACUGAUCAUUGUCUUCGUCUUCCGUGAAUCCGUUCGCAUGUGGCUCUUUGCCCACUAUGGAGUGCGGGUCUGCGAGCCGCGCUUUGAGGACGCUGGAAAGCUCUACGACGCUAUUAUUCUGCACUCGGAGAAAGACUAUGAAUUCGUGUGCCGCAACAUUGCUGCUGAGCUGGAGCAUGGUCGUCCGCCCUUUCGUUUGUGCAUUCAACAGCGCGAUCUGCCACCGCAGGCCAGUCAUCUUCAAAUAGUAGAGGGUGCUCGGGCCUCACGCAAAAUCAUACUAGUGCUCACGCGCAAUCUUCUAGCCACCGAGUGGAAUCGAAUCGAGUUUCGCAAUGCCUUCCAUGAAGCGCUGCGUGGCUUAGCCCAAAAAUUGGUCAUCAUCGAGGAAACGAGCGUCUCCGUCGAGGCCGAGGAAGUGGCUGAGUUGGCACCGUAUUUAAAGUCUGUGCCAUCUAAUCGCCUGCUUACUUGUGAUCGCUACUUCUGGGAAAAGCUUCGCUAUGCCAUACCAAUUGAGCUGUCGCCGCGUGGAAACAACUACACGCUGGACCACCACGAGCGCUUCAAGCAGCCGGUCUCUCCGGGCAUGAUCUUCCGUCAGGCUCCGCCCCCACCUGCUUACUACUGCACCGAGGACAUGGAGGCCAACUAUUCGUCUGCCACCACAGCGACGCCUUCGCCACGGCCCACUCGUGGCGUUGGCCAAGCCCGGAUUAUCGAUGCCAUACCAAUGCGCCCGCCCUCGGAGCACAUCUACCACAGCAUCGAGUCGGAGUACAGCGCCUACGAGCAGCACGAGGGUCUAUCUAUGAUUCCCACCGGCGCCUCGGCAGCCACCUUUAUGCAUCAUCACCAGCAGCCGCUUCAUCACCACCAGCAGCAACCACAGCUGCUAGUACCUAGCUCCAAUUAUCGCCAGCAACCACAACAACAGCGACUCUUGCAGCCCCAGCCACACUGGCGUGCUGCUACCAAUCAGCAACAAGCAGCUCCCGUUCAUCUGCGCAGUGGCAGUGGCAUAAGCCAGGCCAGCACCAGCACACAGUCAACAGCAGCAGCGGUGGCUCAGACGCCCCAAUCGCAGUCCCAGCCACAGGCAUCGACUUCUGGAGCGGCGGCGCAGGCAGCUGCCAACAACAACAGCAACAGCACCUCGGCGACGGCUGCCGCUGAGGCCACCAAUAAAAACAGCAAUGGCCAAGCUUUUUUGGUGUAAGCCCCUAAAUGCCAAGCAACCCUUAUUCGCACUGUUCCUGCGCAUGCGCGGCCAUCUUUGUGUUGCUAACUCGGUCACUCGCACGCAAGAGCCGAGAAAAAACAAACAAAGAACUAAUACAUACAUAAAAAGACUUUACGCUGGCAUUUCACGAGCGCCUCUUGUGUUCACGUGUGUUCGCUGUCAUUGUCGUUUUAUCGUAGUUGUGUAGCACAGCCAAACGCACAUACACAGUCACAGACACACAAACACGUAUUAACAUAUAGGCUUAUUUACUAUAUUAUUAACAAUGCAUAAUCAUUAUGAUGAUGAAUAUUAUUAUUAUUAUUAUUAUUAUUGUAAUUGUAAUUGAAGUACGAUAAAAACUAGAAAUGUUGCAGAAACACUUUCAAAUUCAAUGUGAUAUAUUAAAUAAAUAAUUACGACUUUAACUGUAACUGUAACUAUAACUGUAGCUCUAGCUCUAGCCAGGCAAUUUAGAAAGCAAGCAUUCGAAGUUGAAUCAUCCUAAGGUAAUUCAGUAACAACACAAGCAAAUACUACUUAUUUAAAGAACUUGUAAAUAAAGUGGAUUGAAAUCACGCAAACACUUAGCGCACUAUUGUAUUUAUGUAUUGCAUUGUAUAGAAACCAAUUAAAUUAAUUAAUUAAUAAAUUCACUAUGAUAUAUAUAUUAAAACAAGACAAGAAUAAACAGCAAGAGAAUAAAAACACGAUAUAAAACA